AUGCAGGAAAAACUGCUGAUCUGUCUGUUCCUGACUAAUUUGAACCAGACCCCCAGGGAAUGGGAGCACAUUCCCACCUGGAAUUCAGAUUCUGUGUUGAAUGUGGCUGAAAUUAAAGAUCUAGUAACAGCUAGCGGCGCUCCGGUAUCCUGCAAUGCAAUGCACUCCGUGGGAGCUGAGGCGUUGUACAGACCCCAGACACAGAGCCCAGAGGUGUCCCCCGUGCCCGUCUCCCUCACGCCCUGCCCCUGCGCCACGUGGGCUCGGGAAGGAGCAGGCGCAGCAUGGCCAACAGCGUCUGUCGUGGUGUGCGCCGCUGCUGGGACAGCCAGGCAGUGGGCGCUGCGCCUGGCGGGGAGACUCCAGGGUUGUUUCACCCAGGAAACUAAUGUCACGCCCGCAGCAAACGGUGAUGCUGCGGAGACGUCAUGUCUUGUCAGGACAAGGGUGUGUGAGGAUAUGGGAUUCCAGCUUCAGAAUAACCAGAUAGAAGAAAUCUUUCCAGAAGAGCUUGCUCGUCUUUACAGACUGGAAACUCUCAAUUUGCAGAACAACAGGCUAACUUCAAAAGGGUUACCAGAGGAAGCAUUUGAGCAUCUGGAGAACCUGAAUUACCUGUACCUGGCAAACAAUAAGCUAACAGUGGCGCCAAAAUUCCUACCGAAUACCUUGAUCAGUGCAGAUUUUGCAGCCAAUUAUCUCACUAAGAUAUAUGGGCUCACCUUUGGACAGAAACCAAACUUGAGAUCUGUGUAUCUUCAUAACAACAAACUUUCAGAUGCUGGGUUACCUGACAGUAUGUUCAAUGGCUCUGAUAAUGUGGAGAUACUCAUCAUGUCCAGCAAUUUCUUGAAGUAUGUUCCAAAGAAUCUACCUCCAGCACUGUAUAAAUUACACUUAAAGAACAACAAGCUAGAGAAGAUUCCCAAAGGAGCCUUCAGUGAACUUACAGGACUGCGGGAGCUGUACUUACAGAAUAACUACUUGACUAAUGAAGGAAUGGACAAUGAAACUUUCUGGAAAUUGUCUAGUCUUGAAUAUCUGGAUUUGUCCAGCAAUAACCUCUCACAAAUCCCAAGUGGUUUACCUCGAAACAUCGUCCUCCUCCACCUGGAGAAGAAUGCAAUUAAGGUGAUUGGCAGAGAUGUCUUGACGCAAAUUAAGAACCUGGAGUACCUUCUUCUCCACAAUAACAAGUUAAAAGCCCGAGGUAUUCAUCCGUUAGCCUUCCAUGGCUUAAAGAAACUUCACACUGUCCACCUGUACAACAACAUGCUGGAAAGGAUUCCCAGUGGGCUGCCCCGUCGAGUGAAAACACUUAUGAUCCUUCAUAACCAGAUCUCUGAGAUUAACAGGAAUGACUUUGCUACCACUUACUUCCUUGAAGAACUGAAUCUGAGCUACAAUAAACUCAAAAGUCCCCAGAUCCAUCGGGAGGCCUUCCGUAAACUGAGGCAACUGAAGUCCUUGGAUCUUUCUGGAAACAAUCUCCACACAAUGCCCUUUGGCUUUCCAAAGAACUUGCAGAUUCUGAAGCUGAAGGAGAACGAGAUAAGCAUCAUCCCAAAAGGGACUUUGUCUGGGAUGACAAAGCUGCGGGAACUGUAUUUGAGCAACAAUAAACUGAAAGUAAAUUCCAUUUAUUCAAGAGCGUGGAGAGAACUCAGCAGUCUCCAGUCACUAGACAUGGCUGGCAACCAGCUGACUUCUAUCCCAUCAGGCCUGCCAGAAUCUCUAGAAUAUCUGUAUCUUCAGAACAACAAGAUCACAACGGUUUCAGAGAAUGCUUUUGAAUCCACACCCAAAAUAAAGGGGAUUUAUCUCAGGUUUAAUAAGAUUGCAGUUGGAGCACUGAAGGAAAGUACCUUCCAAAACCUAAAGCACUUACAGGUACUGGAUAUUGAAGGGAACCUUGAAUUCAGCAACAGUUCAAAGAAUAAGGAUGACUCAGAAGAGGAAAUGGAGGAAGAGGAAGAGGAAGAAGAACUGAGAUAAAAUGUGAACUUGCGCAAGCACAUCAGUGGGAGGAAAGCAUAUGGAAAAUUACGUAUAUGUCUGUGUGUAUAUAUAUCUAUAUAGAUAUACAGAGAACACUUAGCAAAACGUGCAAUGAAUUACACAGAAACUGUCAGGGCACUGGGCCAGGCUUAUGGAAUACAGUGUGUUACAGUACCUUAUUCAAGGAGAGACCCUGAAUGCCUUUCCAAAGCUUCCAAAUCAUCUUAUACAAGACCAAGGAUCAUAAGGGAUUGCUCUGAAACUCACAAAAGCUGGCUUUUGUUUCUUCUGUUUCUCUUCCUUCACUGUUUCCAUCUGUAAUAACAAUAUGGGACUGUUUUGAACACAUGCCUUCAAAUGCUGUUUUUAUCACUGCAUUUUAAGUGAACCAUGUAUAUGCUGCUUUUCCUCCACUCCAAAGAAUCUGUUGUUGAUCAGGCAAGAUGGAUAUUUGCAGUAGUUUCAUGUGUGGAGCAGUAUCUGAGGCAUUUUGGUCAUCAAGCAGCAGUAAUAAUUCUGGAUGCAACUAUUCCUCUGUUAUAACAAUGUGUAUAUUUGGAUGAGAAAAAUAAAGUAAGGCUGGAUCCCAUAAUAUUUUACCUCUACUGCCAAAGCCUGCAGUAUAUGCCUGUUUCAGAAAGGUUUUAAGAUAAAACAAUUACUCUUGUGAAUAUAUAUA